AAAAGGUUUGGUUAGUUAUUCAGAGGAAAUGGGAGCAGCAACAGUGGAAAGAACUCGCAGCAGAAAGAAGGCAUCAUCGAGAGGACACCAUAAAUUUGUUGGUGUUCGUCAGAGGCCAUCAGGGAGAUGGGUGGCUGAGAUCAAAGAUUCUUUGCAGAAGGUUAGACUCUGGCUCGGAACCUUUGACACGGCUGAAGACGCCGCUAGAGCUUAUGACACUGCUGCCAGAGCCUUAAGAGGUGUCAAUGCAAGGACAAACUUUGACUUGCCUGCUGCAGAGUCUGGUGGCGCCGCUGCUUCGAAGCGCGGCGCCGGUUCCGGCUUCAUUCCUGAUUGCACUGAGCCUUUUUCAUUUGAGGAUUCCAGUGAGGCUGUGGCUGAUGGAGAUGGCCUUCUUGGUGCACUCAAGGCUAAACUGUUUGAUGUAAAGGGCGGAGGAGGGAGGUUUCCUCCGCCGGUUGUUCAAUCAAGCAUGGUUUCAAGGUCAACUCAGAAUCAGAAUCAGAAUCAGAAUCAGAACUGUUCUGUGAAGAAUAAAGAGUUGUUUUCUUCAUCAGUAGUAAUGCUUCCUAAUAAGAUGAAUAAUUAUAAUAAUAAUGCAAAUUGCAGCAGCACUAGUAGUUUGCCAUGUUUGAUUAGUACUUCAUCAAACACUUGUUCUAAGAGUGUGAUUAUGACCCCUGCUAAUGCUAAUCAUGAUGAUCAUGAAGGAACUUUUAAUAGCUCUCAUCAUCAUCAUCAACAAUUUUGUCAAACCCCAUCACCUAUGACAACAUGGUCAAAUAAUGAAGUAUCAUAUGAUCAAUUACCAUGGACUCAUCAUCAAGAGAAUGGUUUUCUUGCAUCUUCAAGCACAGCUACUCUUACAUGGCCUAAUCAUCUCUCAGGGGUAAAUGAGUCAAAUACUGUAGAUAAUAUGGGAUAUAAUACAGAUUAUCAUAAUCCUGGAACAUCAAAUAGCAGCAGGAGUAACAGUAGUAUGCAAUUUCCUCUGAUUGGUGGAGUAAGCAAUGAAGGAUUUUGGACAAUGGAGCAGCAACAAUUUCUGCAAUGUGAAGGCUCCAAUUGGUUUGCUUCUAAUGGAUAUUGGGAUCCUCUUCUCUUUGUGCCCUCUGAUCUAUAGCUUUAUUAUUAUUAUUAUUAUUAUUAUUAUUACUAUUGUUAAUAACUUAAUAUGCUAUAUUUUUGAAUUCUUAAUCUUGAUAUAUUGUUAUUAGUUUUAUUCUUUUAUGAUUAGAUAUUAUAGAGU